GCCAGGGAGACUAAGCAGAAAGCGGGCACACCGAGAUCCCGGCUGACGUUAUUGCUCCCGUUUAGUCGUUGCAAGGCUUCGUUAUCGCACAUCCGAGGACCGGCGACCGGACGGUGGCCUGUCUGGCUUUGUGUUUCACGCGGGAAUAACGGCGCUUAUUCGUCGGGCUCGAGCGGUGGCGGACUAGCGCCGACGGGUCUCCUCCACACGGCUGCUCGAGCGCAGGCCCCUUCUCUGGACUUUGCUACACGCUAGCUAGCUUAGCUUAGCUUAGCUUGGCGAGCUAGCCCACGCGAACACGUUCUCUUCUUCGGCGUUGUCGUCUGUCGCCUUGUAAACAAAGGGCGGGUGUUCGUCUGGCCGAGGGCGCCCCGGUUCCGUGUCGUGUUCUCACCGAGCGCUCGUUUCGCCGCGUCCGCCUCCGCCGGCCGUCUGCUUCGCUGCGCUGCGCUAAGCGCUAGCGCCGCCGCCGCCACUUCGUCGGGGAAAAGUGUUGGGUCACUUCGCCGCUAGCCCGCAAGCUAGCCGUCGUCACCUCAGCGACACGUCCGCAGCCAGCACGGUAGUGUGCAAGCCACAGAGAUGUCGGACUUCGACGAGUUCGAGAGACAACUUUCCGAGAACAAACAAGCAGAGCGGGACAAAGAGAACCGCCACCACCGGCGCUCUCCCUCCCGCAGCCGUAGCAGAGAGAGGAAGAGGAGGAGCAGAGACAGGGACAGACGUAGCAGGGACCGUCGUGGGGACAGCAAGGAACGUAGACAGAGACGCAGCUCACCAUCAAACCAACCCCAAGAGAUUGCUGUAAGCCGUUCUCCACACCGUGAGAAGAAGAAGAACAAGGUGAAGAAGUACUGGGAUGUCCCUCCUCCUGGAUUCGAACACAUCACUCCCAUGCAGUACAAAGCCAUGCAAGCUGCAGGCCAAAUUCCAGCCACAGCCCUCCUGCCAACCAUGACCCCAGAUGGCCUGGCUGUCACCCCUACCCCUGUGCCCGUGGUGGGCAGCCAGAUGACCAGGCAGGCCCGCAGGCUGUAUGUGGGCAACAUCCCCUUUGGUAUCACAGAGGAGUCCAUGAUGGACUUCUUUAAUGCUCAGAUGCGUUUGGGGGGUCUCACUCAGGCUCCUGGCAACCCUGUCCUUGCAGUGCAGAUCAACCAGGAUAAGAACUUUGCCUUCCUCGAGUUCCGUUCUGUGGAUGAGACAACCCAGGCCAUGGCUUUUGAUGGCAUCAUCUUCCAGGGUCAAAGUCUCAAGAUCCGCCGUCCUCAUGACUACCAGCCUCUUCCUGGCAUGAGCGAGAACCCUAGUGUCUACGUGCCCGCUCAUCUUGGGUUAUUGCAUGUAGGUGUGGUGUCCACAGUGGUGCCUGACUCGGCUCAUAAGCUCUUCAUUGGUGGCUUGCCUAACUACUUGAACGAUGACCAGGUGAAGGAGCUGCUGACGUCAUUUGGUCCUCUAAAGGCCUUCAACCUGGUGAAAGACAGUGCCACUGGCCUCUCUAAAGGAUACGCUUUCUGUGAAUAUGUUGACGUCAACCUUAAUGACCAGGCUAUUGCAGGGUUGAAUGGCAUGCAGCUUGGAGACAAAAAGCUCCUGGUGCAGAGAGCCAGUGUGGGAUCCAAGAACGCGACUCUGACGAGUAUAAACCAGACCCCUGUGACGCUGCAGGUGCCAGGCCUGAUGAAUAGCUCUGUGACUCAGAUGGGUGGUCUUCCCACCGAGGUGUUGUGUCUGAUGAACAUGGUGGCCCCCGAGGAGCUGCUGGAUGACGAGGAGUAUGAGGAGAUUGUGGAGGAUGUCAGAGACGAGUGCAGCAAGUAUGGACAAGUCAAGAGCAUCGAAAUACCCCGACCUGUGGAUGGUCUGGAAGUGCCCGGUACUGGCAAGAUUUUUGUGGAGUUCAUGUCCGUGUUCGACUCCCAGAAGGCCAUGCAGGGGCUGACAGGACGGAAGUUUGCUAACAGGGUGGUGGUGACCAAAUACUGCGACCCGGACGCCUAUCACCGCCGAGACUUCUGGUAGAGGAGGUCCCAGGAGAAGAGGGCAGGGGGAUGGGGUGGGGGGUGGGGGGGCAUGCACCGCCCAAUUCCAAAUCGACCCCCUUAGUCAUAUGGUUAGCCCAACAUUUCAGGUAGAUCUCAGUUAUUAACCAUUUGGAAAGUGGCUUUGGUUCUUUCAGUGAUAUCGUUUGAGAUCUACGUGAAAUGUCUAGCGUUUAUGUCAACAUGGAGAUUUGGAAUUGGAGGACGAAAAGAAUGGGGAGGGUUUGUAUACUAUCAAAACCAAGAGGGCUGGAUUUGGGGGGGGGGGGGUCAAAGGAUUUUGCGAAAUGUGUGUAGUAACAGGUUGGGGUGGGGCUUAAACCAUUUUUAUACUUUGUGUGAAAGGGAUGUCGUUCUGGGUGGGAGGGGGGUGCCACAUUUAAAGGUUUGUAUUUAAUUGGAAGUAGCUUGUUUUAAGAUCAUUAGGACUGGAUUCUUCUUCAGAAGGAUGGCAGGAUUACAGGAGUGUUCAUCUGUUGUAGCGGGACAAGUGGGAGAUGGAGAGGAUAACAAGGGCAUUUUUAGUUUGACUUUCCAGUAUAGAUAUAGCGAUAUCAUCUACUUCAGUUAUGCCAUUUUUAUUAGAAAGGUUAGCGAAGACGGCCUCAUUUUGUGAAUUCGGUUUUUCCCCGUAGCAGGAAUCAUUCAUUUCGUCAAGUUUCUUCAUUUUCAUCCAACUACUGCCCCCCUCAGGACGUUUGUUAGAGAAACUGUUGUCAUUUGGACUCUUAUAUGAAUGUCAGCCGUUGUUGUUCCAAAUACUUGUGUGUAACUUCACUGAUUUAAGAUGUAAUAUCACCUUGUAUUUAGGCACAAGAAUCAGAGGAGGCGCUAGAACAGUACCUUUUCAGUAAUGCCAAUUUUUGUUUGUUUGUUUGUUUGUUUUCCUCAGUAAAACGUUUUGCUUCCAUCUGUUGUGCAUCACUUUUAGCAGGUGAGAUCAUUCUGUCUCAACAGUUCAGUCCUGAACAAUUUCCCCGAAAGAAAACGAAAGAGUAGAACACUGCAUAUGUGGCCAUGAAUAUUAGUAAGCAUAUUUUGGGUUGGUGUUAGUGAGGAUCUGUCUGUUCCUGGCCAAAAAGCCUUAAUGUUACUUUUUCACGUCCGAGUCCAGUAGUAUAGCGAAUGGGUUAGGCCCCGUGUCAGUCGUCGAUGUCUGUCCUCAUACAUGUCACUGUCUCAUGCUCUAGCAUCGCAUUUACCAUUUUAUUUCUUUUCUUCAUUUACCAACAAAUGUGGGACGUCAGACAGAUGUGUUGGACCCAGGUGUCUUUUCUGUACAGCAUCUCACCUCUUUCACAAGACCAAAUAAACAUGACUAAUACAAACGACUCAUGUGGUACUGCUGACUGCUGCAGGGCAGUAAGUAUACUGCAACCAAAUCAUCUGGGUUUUUAAUCGUUUCAUCUUGACGUGACCAGAAAAACUAGCCCAGCUGAAAGUUGUUGGUUCGUUGUCAUGAAAAAAAUAAUGGCACCAGAGGCAGGUAUCACAACUUAUUGAACGGGGCUCCGUAGAGGUUAAUUAGAAAAUCAUAAAACACACUUGAACAUCCCUCCUGCACCUUGCUACUAGAAAGUGAUUUUGCUGGAGACCUAACUACAAGCUGAAACUUUUUAAACUGCGUUUCUCUGAUAUCUUCUGAACCGAUCUUUAAUUAUGAAUCAUGAAUUCAGAUCUAUGGGAGGGAAAAGUUGUUGGUAAUAGUCUGUCCAUAUGCACCACCACCAAACCUCCCCUCCUCAUCGCCCUCAUCCUCUGCCCUUGUUUCUGUGAGGACCGCCUGUUCACACUGUGUGAGAAUCAGAACUGCGCUUUCAUUUAACACCAGUAGUUCCUUGAGACGGCUGAAGAGACAUUGACCGUGUCGAUGAAAAUACUUUCAAAAUGUUACCCCUUCCUCUCUGAAAUUUGCUUUUUAAAUGUUUUGUCAUUUUUUUUUUCUCUUUCAAUGUGAUUUCCUAAGUGAAUUAAUGGAAUUUAAAGUGUUAAUACAGCGUUUAGUUAUGGCAAAACAAUCUUGAUUUGUCCGUUUUGUUUUCAAAUGUUGAUUAAAAACUGGAUUUACAUGA